AUGCAGCAGGUAGGCGAGGGCAAGGUCUCGAUAACCACAAUCCAGAACCUCUGCAUGUUGACACUGGCCAACAUACAAGGCAUGGCCAUUACUCUUACAAAAUGUGCCAAUCUCGACGUUGAGACUUGCGCCCUUAACGACUUUGGUUCGCGUGCAGAAGCUCGAAGAAGAGUGUUUUGGAGCCUGCAUUUGCUGCAGCAGAUGUAUGGACAUCAGGCCUUCACUACUGACAUCUUACAAGACAUUACCAGACCGCAAUAUAUCGCGACGUAUACAGACCCGCGUAAGAGUGUCAACGAAAUGCCACCAGCCAUUCCACAUGAGGACAUUUCAGGUCAAGACGAAACCACGAGUGCUGAUAAGAAGAGCGGUACGUGGGCCUACAUGAUCCAGACGUCUACACUGUGGGGAGAGGUUCGCACAUAUGUAAAACAAUGGGCUCAGCAGACCAACAACGCCCCGCCUCCUUGGUCCAUCGAAUCUGGAUACGCAGUCAUCAACGCUUAUCUCAUGGACUCGGAGACGAAAUUCCCAGACCGUCACCGAUUUGAUAGCGCGCGAUUUACUGACCAGGAAAGCCGACACCUCCAGAGCAAUCGAGGAUAUUGGAGUCCGUGGGCCCCAACAGUCGGCUCAACUCGGAGUUCCCAACACAUUCUGGAAAACGUCUUCUGA